AUGCCUGGACUGACUCUCCCACCAUUUCCGCAAGAUAUACCCACACACCCUCUCUUGGUUAUUGAUUUUGAGCUCAUAAAGGCUGGUGACUCUGAAGAGAUCGAGAAGCUCUGGAAGGCUGCACGAGAACUAGGAUUCUGGUACUUGAAGAACCAUGGAGCUGACAAAGAGGUUGAAGGGAUGUUUGAUAUGGGAGCAGAAACGAUGGACCUUCCGGUUGAGGAGAAGAUGAAGUUUGAGCAAGGUGACGAAGGCAAAUCUUUCGGUUACAAAGCAUUGGGAACAAUUGCCACAAACGAAUACGGCAGCCCAGACAAUGUUGAAUUCAUCAAUAUAUCCAAGGAGGAUGCUCUGGCCUAUCCGGAGGUUAAAAAUCGCACGUAUCCGUCAACCGUGAAUGCACGCAUGCAGUCGACCAUCACACCAUUCGUGCGCAAGUCACUUACAGUUUUCGAAACGAUUUUCUCCGUAUUCGACAAGAAGCUUGGUCUCCCGGAUGGUACGCUUAAGAGCCUCCACGGUGAUCCCAGUGGUUCCGAAGCCCGCGCUAUCAAGAGUCCACCGAAACAUACUCACACCGGAAACGGGCCGAUUGAGAAAGAGAAAAUCUCCCUAGGAGCUCACACGGACUUUGGGUCUCUUUCGUUCUUGCACAACCGCCUCGGUGGACUGCAAGUCCUUCCUCCCGGCAGCCCUGACUGGCACUACGUCCGUCCAAUGCCUGGACACGCUAUCUGUAACAUCGGAGACGCACUCUCGUUAUUCUCAGGUGGAAUCCUCCGUUCAAAUAUGCACCGUAUCGUCCCACCUCCAGGCACCCAGGCCGCAUAUACGCGCUGGUCUGUCGUUUGCUUCUCCCGUCCGUGUGCAAACGUGGAGCUACGAGCUUUGGAUGAGAGUAAAUUGAUAAAAGAAACGCUUUCGAACAUGACCCCAGAAGACAGAGCGAAAUACAAACCAGGCGUGACUCAGGGCGAAUGGUAUGUCCGGAGGAUGAAGAACACGCGGCUCAAGAACAGGAAGGGGCCUGAGACCUAUCUCGCGAGCAGAGGAAUGGAACACAGACCGAACGUGAUCUAAUGCAGUGAAACAGUAUCAAGAUUCAAGAACCGAGAAAGUGCCGACUUAUUUGUGUUUAUGUCAUGGAAAUUUUGCCUUAUGCUCUUCAGACUGUAUUAAUCCGACCGUAUGUAGUUGUAACAAAAUU